AGUAAAAUCAAGCUCCUUCCAACCAACGGACAGCGGACCUUCUACCUCUUCUCUUUUCCUAUACCUGGUAUUGCUCCGCGUACCUCAAGAAGUAAGUCGUGGGUAGAACGAAGCAGGUGCGGUUAUAUCGGGUUUUGCAAUUUUUCUUCUUUUACUCCUAACAUGAAUAAGACGCGAAGCAACAACUAACAUUUUAAGAUUUCGCGACUUUGUGUUCAGUGCCUAAAUCAAUUUUUGUUAAGUGACCAGUGCCAAAACACUUAAAGAAAUCACCUUGAAAUCACUAAAAUCAUAUUCACCUCUCGUUCUCCCAACGAUAUUUCUUUAGGUAUCAAUAUGGUGUGCUGACACAAAGUUCUUAGAGGAACCUCCUUCAUGCAAGAAGAGUCGAAUUGAAAAGGGAUAUGUGGAGAUACGUUUUUAAAAAUAAAUUUAGCGUAAAGUGGAGGUGAUGGCUUUAAAAUUCAUCCUUCUUCAAUGCAUCUUUGCAAGUUUUCUUAUCAAAAAUGUUUCUUCAGCAGGUUUUUGUGAAGUUCAAAAUGGGCAAAGUAACAUAAUUUUGGAUAUAGAAGAAAGCAGAGGAAUUUCAAUAACACAAGAAACGAUCCCCAAAGACCUCCCAAUUUUCGGCGAACCCAACGUCGACAUAUUUUUGGACUUGGAAUUUCCAAAAGGACCACCCAUUUUCUACCUCACCGGGAAAAGCCUGCGACUCUUAUCGCCGAUUGAUCGAGACGAAGACAACCUGUCCCAUAUCGUUUUUCAAGUGGCCUGCACCGUCAAAAGCACUCACAAGCGAAAAAAAUAUCCGGUCAUCGUACGAUUAAUCGACGUUAAUGAUAAUGCGCCGGAAUUUAUUAAUACUCCAUACGAAACCAGCAUCUCCGAGUUAGCACCAAUUGGAACAACGAUUUUCCAAAACGUUUUGGCAAAAGACAAAGAUUCCGGAGUAAACGGCUUGGUUGAGUAUUCAAUAAUUCCGGGAUCCGAUGAAACACGCACCAACGAUUUGGAUUAUAACAGAAUUAGUUCGGCCGAUGGUUACGGUUUUUUCGCCAUUAAUCUUCCCCAUCAAGGACAGGUGACCGUGAAUAGAACUUUGGAUUACGAAAAAACUCAACGAUAUUACGUCACUAUAGUGGCGACGGAUAAAUCAAGAAAUGAAUCACAUCGAUUAUCAACAACCACCAUUCUUACCGUUAAUAUUAAAGAUGACGACGAUCAAAAUCCUUCGUUUAUUUAUAAAGGAUGUAUGCUUUCUGAUGGAGCUUGUAUUAAUCCAGAAUAUACAGCCUCGGUUUCUAGUGGAGUCUUACACGGUGUUUUAAACAUAUCCCCUGAAAAAAUUCAAGCAAUCGACAUGGAUACGAUAAACUCCCCGAUUCGUUACACAUUUUUGAGUGGAACCCCAAAUUCUUAUUCGGAAUUUUUCCGAAUUGACCCCGAAACCGGAAGCGUCCAUCAAAUUAAAGCGGUCGAUACAUCGACCACGAAGAUGUUUAACGUUAUCAUUAAAGCGCAAGAAGUUUCCGAAGCGAAACGAUCCACCACAGCGAAACUAUUAAUAACGGUGAAACCAGUCGAUGCAAAUCCACCGGAAAUCGUUUUUUCAUCCGAAGAGGGUUGGGUUAACGAAAACUCACCGAUUGGGACGAAUGUUUUAGAUAUAAAAGGGGACCCCGUGAUGGUUUCAGUUAUCGAUAAAGAUUUUGGCGAAGAUGACCCAAAACCAAUUUACACCUUCGAAUUAACCACCCCUUCCUUCAACAUCGACAAAAACGGCCGUUUAACCGUCAACGAAAACAACUUGGAUCGGGAUCCCCCGAAUCCCGGGAAAUUCCGCUUUCAAAUCGUUGCCCGUGAAAAACACGGCGUUGCAGCAAGCGCCCCAAUUUCCAUCACCGUUAAUCUCAAAGACGUCAACGAUAACCCCCCGGUUUUACCCUCAAUCCCCCCCACAACCGUCCCAGCCGGAGAAACAAAACGAAAAGUAAUCCAAAUCCAAGCCACCGACAACGACGAAGAAGAAAACGCCCAAAUCACUUACUCAAUUUAUCACGUUUCAAAUAACGGAAACAAUAAAUUUAUGAUUGACCCAAUAACCGGUCAAAUUGAAAGUAUUCGAAAAUUAAAUGCUGGGGAGCAAUACAGCUUAACGGUCCAAGCGACCGAUAAAGGUGGUUUAUAUAGCCAAGCGAUUGUUGAAGUUACAGUAAGUCCUGGUCCAAAUACUCAAAGUCCAGUUUUUGAGCAAAACGUUUACGAUAUUGAAGUAAGCGAGGGUGCUACGAUCAACUCAACAGUUGCAACAGUUUUAGCAAUCGAUCCCGAAGAAGACCCUGUAACUUAUUUUAUAGUUUCCGGAAACGAUUUGAGACAAUUCGCAAUCGGGCAAAAAUCCGGGGUAAUCACAGUAAUUAGAAAAUUAGAUCGCGAAGAUUUAACGCGAUACCAAUUAAUAAUAAAAGCCGAAGAUGCGGGGAAAUUAUCAAGUACAGCUACCGUUAAUGUAAAAGUAACCGACAUAAACGAUAAAAAUCCCGAAUUUAUUAACGAUCCUUAUAAUUUUACGGUAAAAGAAGGAUUAACAAACGUGAUCGUUGGUAAAGUCGAAGCUGUUGACGCUGAUGAAGGAAUCAACGCGAUCGUUUCUUACAUGAUUCCAACCGAUCUUCCUUUUAACAUCGACAAUCAAACUGGGGAAAUCACAACAAAUAAAGCUCUCGAUUUCGAAACAACCAAAAAUUAUCAAUUUGUCGUUACAGCAAAAGACGGCGCGUUAGAUCCGAGGAUAGCAACAGCCACGGUUACCGUUAACGUUUUAGACGUUGAAGAUGAACUUCCCGUUUUCUCUAAAGACCAAUACGAAGCUACCGUACCCGAAAACGUUCCCGACGCUUUCGUAACGGAUGUGAUGGCCCACGAUCCGGAUACAAUCAAAAAAAUUACGUACGUUAUUCAUCGAGGACCGACAGAUUUAUUUAGGAUCGAUGAGGGUAGCGGCGCGAUUUAUACAACGAGAGGGUUGGAUUAUGAAAAGGAAAGUGAGCAUACUUUGGUGAUUGGAACUUUGGAAAAUAUGUCGGAUGGAAAUGGGAGUACGACGAGAGUUCUUGUUAAAGUUGAGGAUCGGAAUGAUAUUCCUCCGGUUUUUACCAUUAUUCCUCAACCGAUUAUGUUGGAGGAUGAUACUGCUAUUGGAACGGCGAUUUAUGAUUUAGUUGCUACUGAUUCUGAUGGAACUGCACCUGGAAAUAAGGUUCGUUACGAAAUCAUCGGGAGGGGCAAAGCCACCAAGUAUUUUCAAAUAGAUCCCGAUUCCGGCCAGCUCAAAGUCACCAAUGAUCUCAAGAAAGAAGUAGACACCGAAUAUCAAGUGGACGUAAGAGCUUAUGAUUUAGGUGAACCCCAACUUUCUUCCGUUAUCACUUUAGAUGUUUAUAUUCAACACGUAGCGACGGUAGCACCGGAAGUUGGGCUCCGUUUCGCUGAUAAUUCUUAUAGCAUUCAAUUACCAGAGAAUUCAACUCUGGGGAGUUUAGUGAAGACUUUAACGAUUGUUAAUAGUCGAGCUCAUGGUGGAAAUAUCCCGUUAAAGUGUACGAUAAUUUCGGGAAAUGAUGAUGCAAAAUUUCUCGUUAAUGUAACUGAAGAACGAAAUUGUGCACUUUAUUUAAACGGAACGAUUGAUUUUGAAUCUGUCGAAUCUUACAACGUCGACGUUGAAUUGAUAUCACUUCAAGGAUUUUUAAAUAAAGAAUUUAGUAAAACGCAAGUUAACGUAAACGUUUUGGACGUGAAUGAUAACGAGCCGUUUUUUAUUUACAAUGGGAAUUCUAAGGAGAAAUUGUACGCGGCGUUGCCGAUUGGUGCACCUUUAGCUACAACUGUGAUACAAAUGAAGGCUGACGAUAAAGACAGCGGAAAAUUCGGGAAAAUAAAUUACACCUUAAAAUCAAACGAUUCAUCAACACCCUCAACUCUAUCAUAUUUCUCAAUUGAUUCAACAUCGGGAAUAAUAAAAACGAAAAAAACGUUCGAAGAACUCGAUAAUUCAGAACCAUUCCGCUUCUUGGUCGAAGCAAGAGAUAACCCAAACUCAACCGAAAAUUAUCACUCAACCGAAGCAACAUUAAUAAUUAAUUUAAUCGCUCCAAUAAAUCGCUUAGUCUUAGAAAUAGGCGAUGCAAAACCGGAUGUUGUUGCGAAUAAAUUAGAAACGGUAUCUCAAGUAAUCCAAGAUCGAUCCGGUUUGAUUGCUGGGAUCGAAAAGAUAAACAUCCGCGAGUUUAUCGGCGAAAACGGCACGUUGGAAGUUGAUCCGAUCGGAACGGACGUUUGGUUUUACGUAAUCGAUCCAGAAACGGAAACGAUCCUACCAAGAAAUCACACUCUAAUCCAAAAUCAGAUUCUUGCAAAAUCAGCGAUGAAUAAUAUCACUUUUGAUAUUUCCGGCCAAAUCCAACACACCGCAUUCGGAAUUCACGAACCACUCGUCGUUCAAAAAAUAAAAACCGCCUCAAUCGCUUCGAUUCACGGAGAUGUUUUUCCCUACGCCUUAAUUAUAAUCGCAAUUAUUAUUUUUGUGUUAGGAAUCGUUGGGAUUAUUUAUAUUUGCGUUUCUUGGUCCAAAUAUAAAUCGUUUAAAGAUCAAAUGCAGCGGCAAUACGUGGUACCCGCGAGUCCGAGUCGUUACGAUUCGGUUUAUGUUGAACCAAAUUUGAAGGAGUAUGAAACUCAAGUUUUACAGAUGUGUGUUCCGGUUGAUGAUCAAGAUGAUUAUAACGAUUUACAUUUAGAUUUUAGCAAUAAAAAUCAUACAUUUAGUUUGGAGAAUGUUAGUUAUAUCUCGAAGGAUAAUAAUUUGAAUAAAUAUGGGCAACAAAGUCCCGUUAGUAGUGAAUCAGCGACUACUGCAAGAGCUUCUAGCGUUGGAGAACAUAUUUUAACAUCGAAUCAUAAUCAUUCGAUGAGAGGAGAACAUGUUUAUCACAGAUCUUCUGAUGAUGAAGAGAUGAAUGCAAGCCCAACAAACGAUAAUGUGAUGUUUAGAGAGAAGAAGGAUUAUUCUCAUAUGGGGUAUCCGUAUGGGGAUCAUUCUCCAAUUGAGACAACGACAGAACUUUAAGUGAAAAAACGUUUUAAUUAAAUGAUAAA